AAAGACAUGAACCAAUCGCGAAAAUGCUUGAAUAUCAGCGACGGUUGCUUCUGCGGGGUCCACCAGUGCGUUGAUGUCUUUGUAGAUUGAUUCAAGUUUCAGGGGGCGGGUACGAGGAUCUAGUAAUAUGUCGCUGAAGAGUUCGAUCGGGAAUCCUGAGUUUCUAAAGAAAAGAGUUGUACCAAAUCCAAAGUACAGAUAUGUCCGAGCACGGAUUGAUACUGGACACAGCCUUUCAAAGUACAUGGAAAAAAUUGAAGAGUUAAGAAGAAAUUAUAGAUAUAAAAGAGAUGAAUUGUUCAAAAGAUUGAAAGUCACUACAUUUGCCCAGUUGGUGCUACAGGUGGCUUCUGUGAAUGAACAGGAUAAUGGGGUGUUUGAAGACCUACAACAGGAGGAAGGCUUGAAUUCUGUGGUCUCUGCAACUGAGCCUGAGCUGAGUGCAAUAAAGACCAAUGAUGAUCAAAGUCCAGUGGAAAUUCCACAGAAAUCUCCAAUAGAAUUAAUAAGUGAUGAUGGGUCAGGUGAAAAACCACUUACGGCUCGUUCCACCCUCCAAAGUGUUAUAAGUGGUGUUGGGGAAAUAGACCUGGAGAGGAAACAAAAACCGUUUCACCCUAAGCCCUCUGAAUGUCUUGAAAAAACAGAUGGACCUUAUCCAGACUGCCCUUACCUGUUGUUGGAUGUACGAGACCGUGAUGCCUAUGAACAGUGUCAUGUUAUUGGAGCCUACAGUUAUCCGAUAGCAAUGUUAUCUAGGACUAUGAACCCUUACACUAAGGAGGUUCUGGAAUAUAAAAAUGCACCUGGAAAAAUCAUUCUACUUUAUGAUGAAGAUGAGCGAAUAGCUAGUCAGGCUGCCACAACAUUGUGUGAGAGAGGCUUUGAGAAUCUCUUUAUGCUGUCAGGAGGACUGAAAGUAGUUGCCCAGAUGUUUCCAGAAGGUCUAACCACUGGUUCAAUUCCACCAUCAUGCCAACCUCCAGUUGUCCCAACAUCUCGUCAGAGGCGAUCAACAGCUCAAGAACCACCAUGCCCUGCAGAAGAUAAGUUCCGGUUCACUGAAGAUGAUUUAAACAAGAUCCGACAUUGCUUGGAUGAGAUUCUGGUACCAUCGAAUGUACCCAGCAACUUCAGCCGCCUUUCAUCAUCAAGAACACAACUGAAGACAUCUGCCAGCUAUGCUUCUUCUGUUGCUGGCUCCAUUAGUGCCCGAUCACGGACAAGCAGCAUCCAAAACAAGCCAUGGAAAUAAGAGGCAGAAUAUCAUUUCUUCACUUGUUUUAAGCCUGAUUAUUGUUUUUUUUUCCACUGUGUUUUUAUAUCAGCUGCUAUCAAGCUAAGAAUCUAUGGAAAACGUGCAUCAUUGACAUUCGGUUACAAAAAUUAAACUGAUGCAAUAUAUGUUGAUUGAUUGCAAUAGCAAACAAGUUGUAGAAAGUAAAAACAUUGUGAUAUUCGAUAUCAUCUUAUAGUUUAAGAUAUGUACUUUAAUUUAUAGCUUUCAACUCCAACCAAAAGCAGAGGAAAAGGAUUGGAGCAGAAGCACAAGGAAUUACUGUUCAGCACCAUUGUAAAAGUAAUUUUGUAAUCCUGUGUUACAAAACAUCAAGAUCUUGAGUACACAAUAGAUCCUCAAUGUUGCUUCA